GCGGGGCUUCCGAAGUCCCCCUACCCCUGCAUGAGAGUCACCUGGAGCCAGAGAGAGCCCGUGGAGGACCCGGAGUCUCUGCAGAGCAGGCCAGUCGCGUGUUUCUAACCUUGAAGAAGUGUUGGCGUGUUUUCGAGUCGGUGGCGGUUAAAGAAGCAGCAAAGUCAACUCGCUUUAUUCCUGGACCCUUUUACCUUCUGCUGACUUUUGGAAACAGGAAAAACUGACGAACCUUUUUAUUUGAGCUAUCUAAAUAUUUUCCUGCGAGUUUAGACCGUGAAGAAAAAGACUGAAUCUCUAAAAUGAGUCGGACGCUGGUGCUCAGCCUUGUGUUCUGUGCCGCGGUCUGUCUUCACCACGGGGCUGCCCUGCCUGCCACAGGCUGUGAGGGAGCAGAGUGCAACAGAAGCCAGGCCAUAUCUUCAUCCUCAUCCUCCUCUUUGGUUGGGAAAUCCCAGCAACCCUCCAAGGACUUCCUGGGGCAGUUUACCCAAGUGAGCUCACCAAACAGCAGGGACCAUAAACACCGUGACGCCAGCGCCGUCCUGCCCUUCAUCGGCCUCACAGGCAGUGCCGAGCAGAGUCGUAGCUGCUGUAAGAACGGAGGAACCUGCAUCCUGGGCAGCUUCUGCGCCUGCCCUCCCUUCUUCACAGGGCGGAGCUGCGAGUACGACCAACGCAUCAGGAGCUGUGGUUUGAUUCCUCAUGGUGAGUGGGUUCAGAAAGGAUGCUCUUACUGUCGCUGUGGUUACGGCAUGCUGCAUUGCUUCCCCCACGUCUUCCAUAAAGAUUGUGAUGACUCUGAAGAGGUGCGUUGGUAUAGUUCGUCAGCUGUCAGGACAGUUCAGACAGGCUGCUUCCUGCAUCAUCUGACGCUGCUUCUCCUCCUGCUUCUCCUCCUCUGAUGGUUUUAAAACAAUAUGCUUCAUAAACUUUUAGAAAAUAUUUAUUAUAUUUUGUCCACAGCCGAAGUACACAGUGGUAGCACAGUAAUGGAGGAGUAAAAUGUUGUUUGAAAACGGGAAAUCAGGAGUUGUUCCUUGAUAAGUGUUGUUGUGUACAGGAGGUGCAUCCUAUUUCAGGCUCCUUUUUUGAAGGACGUGCCAAUGAAAUGGGUGGAGAUCUUUUUGAGGACUUAAUUUUUAAUGGGCUUACCAUACCACUGAACCAACUUUAACAUUUUCAAGAAUUAGUAAGUCAAGUUGACCAAUCAGUUUCUUCAAGCAAGGAAAACAAUUCAGCUAGUGCUUCUGAAUUAAUUCCACUUUUCCCCAAUCUAUUUCCACCUCUUCCAAGAAUUUAAUUAUAAUAAAAAAAUAUGAAAGGCAACAGACCCAAAAUAUAGCAAUGAUUACAACGUUGUAUUUAUGUAGUUCUCCCAUUUUAGAACUGGCCAGCUUUACACAUAAUUUCAUGCUCAAUUUCUUUGAAGACCUUGAAAGUGAAUCAGCGGUUGACAGUGAACGCAGCAGCGACUGAAGUUUGUCUCGUCCAAACUCAUCUUAAAACGUUUCCUUCCAGUGGAAGGUCUUCUGUGUGUCUGUGAUGUCUUGAAGAACAAAAUAUGUGAAGGAAGCUGUACAUAAGAUUUUUAUGAAAAUAUGGUUUUUUUUGUUUUGUUUUUGUAAUUUUAGGAUGUUUAAUGUGAUUUUUUUUCCUUUGUAAAAGAAGAUGCAGGGUUUCUUGUUUUUAACUUUUGUCUUCUGUCUGUUUGCACAAACUGAGCUGGAGUGACAUUUUGUACUUACAAACAUGUAUUGAUUAUGUGUUUAUGAAAUAGUUCUUUUUUUGUGUUGUGAGAAACAGAAUUGACUGUCUGUGGAAACACACUUACGGUAUUUACAUCAUUAAAACAAAUGACACUGGAAUUACUAUGAAAGUAAACUUUUGGAUAUAAAGAAUAUGCUUACAUGAACAAA